GCCCCUGAAAGAGUGUCUGCAGCACAGGCAUUCACAGCAAAGUAUUUCUUUAAUAAACAAUAGCGAAAUGCUGAGCCUAGCUCCUCGCGCUCAACGUGCCCUACUAUCGACGGGGCGCUACCGCGCGGUUCGCCGCUUGCACGUAUCGUGUGCUGCGAUGCAGCCUAAGGAUGCUACGCCUGCGGAGGCCUACCAACUUAUGAAGGAGGAGGGCAUAAAGUACCUGGACGUACGCACGGUUGAAGAGUUCUCCGCCGGCCACGCGCCGUCCGCGCUCAACGUGCCCGUGGUGUUCCCCCCCGGCAUGCAGCCCAACCCCGGCUUCCUGGCGGGGGUGGCGGCGCAGCUGCCGGACAAGCAGGCGGCGCUGCUGGUGGGCUGCAAGUCGGGUCGGAGGUCGAUGAUGGCCAUUGACGCGCUGUCGCAGGCGGGCUACACCUCCCUCACCAACGUGACUGGCGGCUUCGACCUGUGGCUAGCCCAGGGCCUGCCCGUGGAGAAGUGAGCGACCCGGGACGUGCCACGGCAGCGGUGGGGGUAUGUCAAGAAAACUGGCCGCGAGUCGGAACGUACUAUGGUUGCCAGGAGAUGAAGUCCCCAUAGGGGGUAUGCAUGUGUGCGGAGGGGGGGGGUGCUGGGGUUGGUUGUGGCGAGGCGACCUGCUGAGGUGCCCUGACUGGCAAGGAAAAGGCUGCAAGGAUGCCUGGGGUAGGCAGUCCUGGUUGGCUGGGAGGUACCGGUAAGCACUACUUCCGGUACUCCAGCUCAGCAGAAGUGCGGGCCAAUAGUUGAUGAGCUUCGUGUGCAUGCAGUGGAUAACGGAUGGCUCUUUAUGUCUUCAAUCAUGUCACGGAGGGCAGUUGGAGAGGAUUGAAGCAGAAGGUGUUGUGCUCAUCGUGCUCCCCGUACAGGGUUUGUGUAGGCCUUGGCAUGCAUCCCACAUGCAAUGUACACAUCUGUGCUGCCGUGAUGCUGCCUAGUCGCUUCCAGGUGAAGCAGGUAGCCGUAUGUGCAUCCACCACAUGCACCUAUUGCUCACCCCUGGUUGCCCCUAGUGCGGCGGACCCCACCGGAGGAAUGGCCCCGCAAUUGCAGCUGUGAAUGGCCCAUGGGUCACACUCUAGGUUUGCUUCUCCGAGGGCCGCAUAAGUUGACCGGGGGCUCAAGGCGAAUCUUUUUGGACAUUCUUUCCAUGGAUUGGCAUUCGUCACCUGGCCCGCGUUGCUUCGGGUGCUUAGGAGGGCGGCGUGUUGUCAAGUGCAAGCCAUAUGCUGCCUCAUGUACGGUAUAUGAGGGGGUAUGACGGUAUGUGCAGCAACACGGGCCUACGACGACUUGCUUUUACGCCAAGCUACGUCCAAUCUAGCCUGCGAUGGGCUCUUGAAAGGUUACUGGCUUGCGCAUCCAUGGGUCAGCAAGGCGUUUUGAUUUGGCGCAGUGGUUGACGCCUGACCAUUAGAGACAUAAAAUAAGUUCCUUAGCAGGAAAGAACGACAUGCAUAUGUCUUGCGCCCCGUUCGUGUUGGUUGGUAGGCCGCCUGCGUGUGGACACGGCGGGGCGCGAGCUUAUCCAGCACGGUGAAUUCCUUAACACUGUAACAAGCGAAUAAGUAAAUACAACACUUAUCAGUCCAUCUUUACGAUUAUUUCACUGCGCAGCAUACCAGCAGAAUCCAAGCAUGACGGUCAUGACUGCAUGGGAGUCCAUCUGGUCAAUGUUUGACCCCGAAGCGCAGCGACGAAGAAUAACCCAAAUAGCUAGAUGAUUUCAAUAGCAUAAUAGCGACGAAGCGCUAUGUCUUCACCGACGUAACUCAGUCCUUUGGUGCUUCCGGCAAGGAAGGAUGGCUGGAGAGGUUAUGCCCGAUGGCCAGGUCGUCUUAGAGGAGGAGAUAGAUGAGAACUACGAACCAAACGAGCAAGAAAUCUUGGAGUAUGCACAGUGGCUUGGCAUUGAUACAGAAACGGAAAAGGAGUUGUUCUGGAUUGCGCGUGAGGGCUUGAAGUCGCCUCUACCGGAUGGCUGGAAACCCUGCAAAACUCCCACGGGUGAUAUUUACUACUUCAACUUCAAUUCCGGCGAAAGCAUAUGGGACCAUCCAUGCGAUGAACAUUUCCGGAAGGUGUACCAGGAGGAGAAGGCGAAGCUGCAAGCGACGAAAGCCAAGCAGCCCUCCCAUACUCCUGAACAGCGGGGCAUCCUCAAGCGCACGGGUGCGGAGACAAAGGUGCCCAGUCCCCUGGGUCUCAGCAGUUCCAAGGCGUCGGACUUCAUUCGGGAGUCGGUGACCUUCGAGGAGCAGGAUGAAUUCGAUUUCGAAGUAGGAGCCCAUCUUGAUAGUGGCAGCACGAGCAGCAGCAGCAGCGGCGCUCUCGAGGCUGCUAAGCCUGCCAGGUCUGCGGGAUCUGGAGCGGCAGGUGGGAGCAGUCCCGGUGGCGGCGGCGGCGCAGUAGCCCAGCGGUCGGGAUGGGAUAUGGGACCAGGAGACGCCACGGAGCGAGGAGAGAGCAGAGAGGCCGGCGCGACGCUGAACAAGCAGCCCCAGCAGCAGUCACAGAGGCGUGAGGAGUGCGGCGAUAUGGAGCAAUCGUCGCUGCAGAGUUUCUCAUCGAGCGUCAGCUCCCUCACUGCCGCCAUGGACGACCUUGAUCUGCCGGACGGCUGCAAUCUUCCUCUUGCUGGUGCGUCUCUGGAGAAAAAGCCUCAACAACAAGGGCAACCAAAGCCGCAACCCCAACAACAGCAGCAGCCCCAGCAACAGCAGGGUCCAAAGCCGCAGCGGCUGCAACCCCUGGGAGGCGGCGGUGGACUAGGUGGCAGCGGCUUGGGCCUCGGCACGGGUGGCAACCUGCGUGGCAGCGCCGCAGGCGUGCAGCUGGAGCCGCUCCCCUCUCGACUGGAGCCUCUGAGCGCGCGCGGCAGCUCCGCCGGCAGCAACAGUGAAGGUGGCUUGUCGCCGACGUCCGGUUCCGGUCUGGCCCGCCCAGCAGGAGCGGCGGCAGGCCCCGGGGGCCUCGGCAGCGGCCUGGUGCCAGCACCCUUGGCGACGACUACCGCCGCAUUGGGGGGCAGCCGAGCAAGCUCUGCCGGCAGCGCCGUUGGCGGUAGCGGGCUUAGAGGCGCUUGGGGCGAUCAGCCCCUUGGCGCUGCAGCGACCGGCCCCGGCCUCGGUGGUAAGGCAGCUGCAGGGGCUGCUAGUGGCGGUGGCAACAAUACGGCCGCCAGCGGCGGCUUGUCCUCUUUGCGCCGCAGCAAGAAGUACGAUGAUGAGUUUGCGGACUUUGACAUUGAUGAUGAUGACAUCGAGGAUGGGUGCGAGAUUGAGGAGGGAGUGCAGGAGGAGAUUGCGGGAUUUGACGGUGUGAGCGGCAAGGACGAUCUGGGUCACGUGGCAUCCGCUAAGCUCAUUGCUCCCGUCGCCACCGGUGCUGCAGCAGCGGCGGGUGCGUCGAGCUCCGUUGGCGCGUCCGGCGGAUCGGACAAUGCCAAACUCACACCUACCCAUCAUCGGAGGUACCCGUCUGACCAUGACAAUGAGGAUCCUCACCCAUCAACGCAGCAUGAGCAGACGGCAACAGCGGCGGCGGCAGCGGCAGCAGCACCGUCAUCACCAGCCACCACCCGUGCGGCUGGUGCAGGCCGGACGACGAGUACAGGCACAGCUGCGUCGAAACGGCAGGAAGAGGAGCAGCAAAAGCCGCUGUCACAGCACCCGCAACAGCAGCUGUACGGGAGCGGGUCCGCGGGUGCGUCAGCGUACGGAGGCAGCCCUUUGUCGGCCCCCUACGGCAGGGAACAGCCGCAACAGCCUGACACACGCCGCAAUGGCACUGUUGAAACUGCUGCGGGUGCUGGUGCUUCGGGUUCCGGUGCCGCCGCGAUGGCUGCUGCGGCCGCGCUUUCCGAGGAGGAGUCGGAGCAGGAGGUGGUGCGGCGCACUGCGAGUAGCGAGGCGGACAUUCGGCGGCGUGCGGAGGAGCGGCUGGCUCAGCUGCAGGAGGCGCUGAGCAGGCAGUACGAAGAUGCCAAGCAGCAGCUGCAGAAACAGGUGGAUGCCGAGCUGGCAUCGGAGCGAGAGCGGUUGCGCGGGGAGAGCCUGGCGAAACUGCAGGAGCAAAUGACGGAGAAGACCCUAGAAAUGCGCAAGCUGGAGGCAGAGAUCGCGUCCAAGGCUGCUGAGCUAGCGGAGCUGGAGAGCCGCGUGCGGGAGCAGAAGCACACCAUUCACGACAACGAGCGGGAACUGUCCUCCUACGCCCACUCCGCGGCGCUCACGGCUGCGGAGACGGAGCUGCGCGGCAAGCGUGCGGAACUGUCAGAAGUGAGCGCCGCGCUGCUGGCCAAGAGCGGCGAGUUCGAGGCGCUGGUGGGUAACGCGGCGGGCAAAGCGGCGGAGCUGAGGGAGAAGAGCGCGCAGCUGGAGGCCGCGCAGGAGCAGUUGAAGGCCGCUGAGGCGCGCCGCAAGGCUGCUGAUGAGGAGUAUCACGAGCAGCAGAGCCGCGUGCGGUCCCUGCGCGAGCAGUCGGAGCAGCUGGCCGCGCAGGUGUCCGCCUCGCAGGCCAGUCUUGCCCGCGUCACGUCGGACCUGCGCGUGCGGGAGGAGGAGCUGGCGGCGGUGAGCAGGCAGCUGGCGGCGCGGCAGGCAGAGCUGACGGAGGUGACGGUGGAGCUGUCAACCACCCGCACCGCACUGCAGGCGAAGGUAGGACCCCACACGAAGAGCUUGCCCCCUGCACAGCUCGCCCCCUGUCCUGCUGAGGAAAUUAAAGUUGUGGAGGACCUCAAAAGCGCAGCCACUCUGGAAUUUGAGGGCCUGCAGAAACAGCUCGAGGCUGCGCGGGGCGCCCUGGACGCCUCCCGCACGCAGCUGGCCACUGCCACUGCGGAGCUCUCUCGCACUGAGGGGCAGUGCGGCGCACUCAGGGCCCAACGCGCCCAGCUGGAGGCUGAGGUGGCGGCCCGCAACGGCGAGCUGGAGGACGCGCGCUCCCAGCUGGCGGCGUGCCAGGCGGAGCUGCGGGCGGUGCGGGGGGAGCUGGCGGAUCGCAGCGGCGCGCUGGAGGGGGUGGCGGCGCAGCUGCUGCGGCGGCAGAAGGAGCUCGCGGACACCGACUCGCUCUACACGGCGGUGGCCGACCAGAGUAAGGACCUGCUGGAGCUGAAGCGCAGCCAGAUGCAGCGCGCGGUGGAGGAGGCGGUGGAGGGUGAGCGCCGCACGCUGCUGGCGUCGCGCAUGGCGGCUGUGCGGGCGGAUGUGGAGGCGCAGGUUGCGGCCGAGCGCGAGCUGUACCGCGCCCGCCUGCAGCAGCAAUCGCCCCCGCAGCUGCUGACUGCCUCGCAGCAGGGCACCCCUGGCAUGCCGUACGACCCGAACGCCGGCACCACCGCCGCCUCCCGCGCCGGCAACCCCGUCAACGCCUCCACCACCACCCUCGGCGGCGACGACAUGCACGCGUCUACCUCGGUCUGGGCCGGACCCGUGCCCACCCUCAGCCCCAGACUGCCCACCUCGCUACACCAGCCCAACGCACAGUCACUGCCGUCGGCGUACCUGUCAUCCUCCGCACAGUAUGCCGUACAGAUGCCGCCUCCGCCGGGCCACCAUGCUUCAAACGCGCCUGCGCCGCUUGUCCUGCCGCCCGAUCCUCAGCUGACGUCAUCGUCCUUGCAGCACCAGUUGCAGCAGGGCCAACAACAGGGGAUGCUUGCCUUGCCUGGCGGUGGCGGUGGGGUUGUCGUACCGCCACUGCCGUUAAGUACGGCUGUCAGCGUGAGUCAGUCGCAACCGUACGGCAUGUCUCCACAAGCGGCGCUGUUGUACGGCAUGGCGGCGGCGCCGCAGGCGGAGAGCGCUGCUGCGCAGUACGCCGCGGCUGCUAUGGCGGCGCAUGGUGCUCAGAACGGCGCUCAGAACAUCCCGGACCUGGUUAGCUUGGCGGAGAACCUGCAUCGCAGCCUGCAGCUGCUCAUGCCUCUUGCGGCUCAAGCAAAGCAGCAGCAGCAGCACCUGCCUACCGCCACCUCCAACGCCUCACCGCAGCAGCUUCGCUUGGCGGCUUUCGGCCAGCAGCUGCAGCAGCUGACUGCGGCAGUUCAGCAGCAGCAGCAGCAACCCCAGCAACCUCAGCAGCAGCAGCAGCAGCAGCAGUCACAGCAACAACAGGCAUUGGAUUGGUCGACGUCUGCCUUGCCCCAGGCGGCUGCGGAGGACCCAGUCCUGUCACGGGCCUGGGUGUACCUGAAGCUGCAGAAAGCAUACCUCAAGGAGCGCUCCUCAAUCCUACAAGCCGCGAGGGCAGACUGGAAGGAGGACCUGAAGGCCGUCAUGUCCUCCGCCGGCGGCCCAGGCAGCGAGGAGCGGCUGGCGGUGCUGCAGAGCGCCAAGGUGGGGCUGGAGGAGCAGGUGCACCGGCUCAACGAAGACAGCAAGCAGCUCCACCGCAUGCGGGAGCAGCUCUCGGCGCUCACCGCCAAGGCGACCUCCGCAGUCGCGGGUCUUGGAGCCAACGUGGGGCCCGCCGCGGCGGCGACCGCCCGGUCCUCCGUCUCCAACCGCGCCUCCGUCUCCCCAGGCCGGGGUGCUCUGCCCCAUGCGGCCCAGCUUGCGAGUGCAGGGAGUGCAUCGGCAGCGGGGAAUGGGGGUGCGGCGGGCAGCAAUGUCGACCUGGCCCGGUCGUUGUUGCAGCAGCACAGCGCAUGGCUCAAGAGCUUUGCACAGCAGCUUUCCUCGGUGUAGUGGGUGGAUGGCGUGUGUGGCGCCCGUGCGGUCCUGCUGGUGGCAGGACUGGACUCGAUGCAAGGCAGCUGGUGGUUCUGGAGCUGUGGAAGUAGUGGGUUGGCAUGGACAUAUGCCGCGAAGAAAGCCGCUUGAAUCCCGAUCUCCGAGCUUGAUGGGCUUUAUUAUGGUCGAAGAAGGAACCAGAUUGAUUCUGAGCAGAACUAAAGGUAAUGCAUGGCAUUGUAGUCCCGCUUUUGUGUAGGUGCUGUGAUGUGUAUGCGGUUCUCUUACGACAUACGGUGACAUUUCUUUUACCUGUUACCUGUACAAUGAGCGGCAGCAAACCUGCCCAUCGACGAAUGACUCACCUGGCACGGUGCAGCACUAACCUGUGGCUUACCAGCAUUCACGGUCUCUUAUUGGCGAAACCACUGGGGGACCUUGCCGGGACGGCAUCUGCUGUCGCCUACUUACCUGUGCGCUGACCUUUUUAACGGCGGCAGAGCUAUUAUGAAAAGCUGUGUCGACGUGUCGGGCCCUAUUCCCUUGAAAUGCCAUGGAACAAUGUGCGCCGCUGGUUCGCUGCUUGGUCACAAAAGUGGUUGAUUUCCGACAUUACGAGUCCCCUUGGGAGCGGUGCGAUCCUUACUUGAUGACAUGUGCCAUGUGCAACGCCGCGCGGAAAAGGGCUGUGUCCCUGGCAACGCCUUGGCGAGGGGCCCCUUUUCCUGCCUACCGUAUGUGCACCAGUGAAGUGUGACGUCCCGUGCUCGUCCCUUUUUGGGGGUUCUUUUGAGAGUAUGCAUUGCGAACAACUAGUGAUAGCAUGGAGGUCUAAUGCAUGGCAUCCUUGAAGGCGGUGCACAGGCGCAGACGUAAGCGCUGCAACCUGUUCUGUGUCCACGCAUGCAACACCCUAUGCAAUCGUAGUGCUUAGCCCGUUCCGGAUGUCACCCUGCAGUCCUUUGCGAUGCAGCUGACACACCGUACAGGAUGCGAAUAUGGCAGGAGAGUCAGAACCGUCAAGUCUUUGAACAUCAAGGCUCCAGUUGUGUUGUACCAUCCUUGGGGUCCUGCGGGGCCCAUACCCGUACGAGUAAAACAGGUGUUGCUGGCUGUUUAAGUGAUUGCGUAAGGGGCUAAUAGCUCUACCAGAGCCCUUGAGUCCGGCAGUCCGCCAGGGACAGGCAAGGAAUACACCGGCGUAGGGGGCGCCGGGGGAAGGAAGAGUCGCAAGAGGCGAACGUCGGAGGAAUUUCCAAUCUUGCAUUUUGACAAUGUCGCUUGAAAUACUCAUUCGUAGCAACGAGCUUGUAGGAGCAUGAAUGGGUGCAACAUAACUCAAGACGUGCCUGGGCAUUGUGGGCAAGCAGGGAGCAACUAUCACCCUCAAUACUCCCGGUGCACGCUCCAGGAGCUAAUUAUAGGACCAUCUGCUAUGCGUAUUGCUGCUAUGAUGCUCGACACUCUAAGUUCACUACGGCAGAGGGAACGUCGCCAUGGUGCCGUACACACCAAUGAAACUCUCUUUAGGAUUUGCGGAGUAGAGUUUUGUUGAAGAUUGCCAACAUCGCUUAGUUUCACAGGCAAACCUGACUGGAGCUUUGUGGUAGCUUUAUCCUAUGAAACUCCUUUUGCAUUUCUAGCGCCUUGCGCAGGCGCCUGGCUAUGGCCUUGCAGCCCUGCAACUUCAUAGAUCACUGUUUUAUUUAGACAUUACUAUUAAGUUUUGGAGGCUGAGCUUGUGACUGUCAGGGCUGGGACGCGGAGGCGAAAAUGGGCUCGUUGUUCUCAAAGGACAAAAAGCAGAAGACUGAGGAACGAAAAUCCGUUGGCUCUGCACCAUCUCGCUUAGAAGGCCUUGAUGGAACAACGCCACCAGCUUCAGAGGUCCCUAUAAAACGUGCUCUUACCCCGGACACAGCAACUCGGCAGAAGGACUUAGGAGUCAGCCCAGUAGCGGUCUCGGCAGGAGCUGACACUCCUUCCCCUGCCUCGACAUCACCGUCGGAGGAGCAGAGGCCCAAGCUUGUCGUGCCUCCUAUCACCGUCGAUGAACCGGCAAGCGAGCCGACGACUUUCGUAGAAAAGGUUGAACAGCCCGCAGAACAGCAAGUGGAUGAGGAGCCGGCGAGCGAGCAGCGUGCGGAUGAGCAGCAGCAACAGACGCAGCAGCAGGAAGAGGAGGCGGAUGAGCAGCAGCAAAGAAAGCAAGAACAAGAAGAACCUGAGCCCGACCAGCAGACUCCUGAGCUCCAGAGUGCUGCUAGCGCAACACCUCAGGAUGCAUCGACGCCAACACGGCGAGCCCCGAAGAAAAUGGACUACGUCGGGGUACAGUCCGACGGCACCAAGCUCGCGGCGGAUUUGCCGGCUGCAGUGCAAGUACCCGAUGAAGCUGCGGCAUGGAUGGCUGUGCUGGGCGAGAGCAUCGUCCGCAACCUGCAUUCCCCGGACUGGAAGACACGCGAGCACGCGCUGCAGGCUGUCAUGCGCAGCUUGGGCAACGCGCGGUGGAACGCAGAGCGGUCACCUGAGGAUGUCUGGAACACUGUUACGCAGCUGCUGGAUAAGUCCCUAAAAGACAAGGUAGCACCGCUGUACUACGCCUCUCUGGAGCUCCUUUCCACCCUGGUUGCCAGCUACUCGCUGCAUCUGCCAUUCAGCGUCCUCACGCAAGGCCUAGAGCCCCUCAUUCCCACCUUGCUGCAUCGGGUCGGGAACAACAACGCGCGUAUCCAGGAGACCUCCAUCCAGGCGCUGCUGACCCUGGCCAACCAGCCCGCUUUGGGUCUGGCCUACCUGGCCCCGCAUGCGCUCAGCAGCAUACCCAAGAAGUCGCAGCAGGGCUCGGCCGCGGCCUCCCAGAUGGCGGGGCGCCUGGAGCUAAUCACAUGCAUGCUCAAUGUGCAGGUGCAGCAGCAAUUGGGCUUUGGCACAGCCGGCCGCGUGCCCCCCGGUGUGACCCCCGCUCCAAAUGCAGGCGACGCGCUAUCCGCCGAGGACAUUGUGCGCUUCACACGCCCGGCGCUGGACAUGCCCGACGACAAGGUGCGCACCGCCGCCGUGCGGCUGGUGGCGGAGGUCUACCGCACCCGGAAGGCCGCCGGACAGCCGUUCGAGGUCGAGAAGCUGCUGGGUGCUGGCGUCAAGCCUGCCCUGCUGCAGGUGCUGCAUCGGCGGUUUGCCGAGGUGGAUGAGGACAUUGCUGCUGGUGGCGGCGCUACUGCAGGGGGCCGUGGCGCCGGGGCUGAGGACGUGCCGGUGGGUACCGGCAUCACCAUCAAGGCAUCGCCCGCCGGGCCGCCGUCAGCCGGCGGCAAGGGCAACGCGCUGCCUCCCAUCAGCGGCCGCUUCGGCACACUGCCGGCGCUGGCAGUGGUGGGCUCGCGCGGUGGCAGUCGUACGCCUCCGGGCCCGACGGGCACACCGCCCAUGAGCGCCGGGGGUGCGCCUGCGGAUCCAGCGGGCAAGCCACCGCGGACACCGCUUACUCCCGGCAGCGCCCCGGGCGGAUCCCGAGGCCGCACACCUCCGCGCAGCACGCGUAUGGGAACACCCGACGGCAACGGCAUCCGUGUGCCGUCGCCGCAUCGCGGUGCGUCGCCCUUGCGGAACGGUGGCUGCCAUGCAGACCCAGCUGGGUUGCUGCCUGGGUCCUUGCCUGACAGCGACAUGGGUUCGGAUGUGAUGAUGAUCCACUCGGGCACGUCCACCCCCGUGCGCGGUAGCAGCAGCCAGUCGGCGCGUGGGAACAGCAGCCAGUCGGUCCGCAAUGGCAGCAGCCAGUCUAGCCGCAACAAUAACUCGCUGAAGCCGCGGUCGCGGGGUAGCGGCGGUAGCGGGCCGUCAUGCAAUGCGCUUGAUGACGCGGAGGAGCAGCUGAUUGAGUACAUCCUGAAUGACGAAGCACGCGCCGCUGCUUAGAAGACAGCAUGAGCCAGUCCUUUCUCGCUGACGCUUUCUGUUUAGUUGCAGCUGUGCCUAGUCGGCUGGCUGAGCCGAGCUGGAGUGUGCCACGGCGGCAGCGCCGCAGAGACGUACACCUAACAGUAAUUUAUAUAGAUUAAUAUGUCAGAAAUGUAAACGUGCCGACAAGUGGCAAAUCUUGCACGGGCUGUCCGCUAGGUGAUGUAGGCUAGAAGACCGCUUGGAGCUGUCGUUUGCGCGAGGCACUCUGGGCCCGAGGAGACUUGACUCCGCCCGCGUACGUUUCUGUAUUUCAUGCACUGCCUGUUAAGCGUCGCGCUUGGUUGCAAGGCGCACUCGCUCAUAACUAGACCUGUGUCUGUCCAUAUGUGUCAUAGACAGCAACUCUUGUGUGCCGUGUGCGCGAGGGCCCGCACGUGCCACCUAUUGUGUUAGUCCUCAGUACGGUAUGCGGUAUCACCUUUGCACCUUUACGUGGGCCGAGUGUGCACCUUUUCUUUGGACAGGAGCCUCAGGGACUUGGGAGGUGCAAUCAGUACCGUAGUUACACACACUAGCCUGUGGAUUGUGUGAUUGUGACGUUACGCGUAGGCUAGCAUGCAAUUAGCCCAGGUAGCAGGAGACAUGCCGCCGCUCUCGUUGGGCUUUGGUGACACAUUACUGCGUGGUGUUUGUGGGCGGGCUGUUAUACUCUCAGCCGCAAUGGCGGAUGAGUCCCAGCAAGCUUGCCGUGCAAAACCGUUUUCAUGCCGUAUACCGGGGGUAGUAGUAACGUUUGUGCAAACGGGCUUUUCUGCAUGAGGACGUGCAUUAGCUGUAGAAGUAGAAGCACAGCGGGUGACAGCUGCUUCGUGUGCUGCAGCGCAGAGCACGGGCUGCUCGUCCGUUUAGCCUGUCUUGCCUCAUGGCUACUGCUACUUUGCUGCCCCUUGAGUUCUGCGGCUGCUCGCAUGGUGGCGUGCUGUUCUGUCUGGGGGUAUCGUAGCUUGUUGCGAUAUGGAGUGACGCAUGCAUGGCAGCGUAGGUGAACCGCAAGGCGAGCAUCAGGUCGGUCGGGAGGCUGUGUUCCCUCGGCUGGCAAAAGCACCGGGUCUCGUUGGCUCGCACGAACGGAGGCCUUAGCCUCCUUUGGGAUAUUCCUGGAGCCUGGAAUACGUUAUUGCCGUGGCUUGCAGGCUUUCCAUGCUGCAUGCAGGCCGCUCCGCCCUUGUAAAAAAGCAUGCUAUGUGGGCGGAGGUCCGAUGUUACGGCACCGUGAGUGGUUGGCUUAAUAAAUGUCAGCAAAGACUGCUUGGCAUUGCCUUGGCGUGCCGUUGCUUCCUGGGCAGGGCGGCAGGGACUCCGUCGAACCGCACAACCGCAGCAACAACGUGUGGC